AUGUCGCAAUCUUACUCAGGUCAUUUUCAUCUUAUUUCUGGCAUUUUUAAUCUCUACAUCAUCCUUUCUACCAAUCUUACUCAGGUCAUUUUCAUCUUAUUCCUGGCAGUUUUAAUCUCCACAUCAUCCUUUCUAGCAAUCUUACUCAGCUCCACUGUGUGCUCAGAAGAACUGUUCAGCCAGCUGAGCAAAGUAUGCUGGCCGGAGUAUGGAAGAGAUAGAAUAGUUUUUGUGACAGCUAUAUAUACAGGACUGAUCAGUAUACUGUUGGGGUUCCUCUUGUGUGGACACAUGUACAAAAUAAUCAAAAAAUUCAUUGUCUGAUAUUCAAAAGUUUACAGAUACUUUAUCUUUUUGAUUUAGAUUGUGAACAUAAAUUUUUAAAAGAA